CUUGUAUUUGGGUCCCACUCAACCUCUGUCUGAUCAAACGCGUUGAUACAUGCCUCUGCAAACUGUUUGGAUUGCUAGUCAUUCAUCGACAGCCCCUCCCUCGCACUGACCUGCUUGUCAUCUAUCCCGACUGUUUGGGCUGGGUAACAUCGGAUCCUAUGCCAGUGUUUGGGAUAAAACAUGCUGAGGCUGCUGGCAGUGGAGCUGCUGAGAUCGCACAGUUGAUUGUGCAAUUGAGCAAGAAUGCGGCGGACUUGCUUGGAUGUGCCCCAGCAUCUGCUGCUGCAUCAGCUGUAUUAAAAAUAUUGGACAUUGUACAGAAAGUACGGGCGAACAAGGAGAAAUGUCUUCGCAUUGCACUUCGCGCGGCUCGUUUCUGGGUCUCAUUGCGCGAUAAGAUGGCAGACUGUUGGGGAAGUGCCUCGAUAACUCUCAUCGCGGAUGUCACGAGACUCCAAGGGGUAUUCAUCUCCAUAUCUGUCGCGAUGCAAAGCGCUGCAAACGAACGGUGGCUUGAUCGGUUUCUUUGUAAGGCUGGGGUUGAAAGGGACUUAGACGACGUCAGUGAGGAGUUGGAGACAACAAUUCGCAGCUUUGACUUAACGUCGCUCAUUGAGCUGCGGUACAUCAGUGCUCAGAUAUAUGAGAGAGUGAACCAUAUCACCAACGAGGAUUCUACCAACUUCCCGCGCUCAUCCGCCCUCGUCAUCCGACCAGAGAUGCCUGUAGCUGCCCCAAGCCCAUCUUCCCCCGAUGAUACUUUAGUCGGAUCUAGCUCCUACAUGACCACUGAUACUGGCUCUAGGUCCUCCAAGCUUGAAGUGAGCGAGAAUACGAGCGGUAGGAAAGAAGGCAACUUUUUAACGUCGAGCACGGAGAUAGAGCUGAAGGAAUUUCUGUCUCCCAGUGAUUCAUUUCCCCUGGGCGAAAAAGGGUUCCGAACAUACCAUCAAUCCGAUGUGGAGUUUGUGGGGAGACGAAGGCCGGUUGGCUGGUUCUCCGAAACAUACAACGCAGUGCUCGGCGGUCGUUCUCUGAUUGCGAAGAUCUACGAAGAGAUUGAGGACACUGAAGCAUUGAACACGCUUAAAUGGAUGAAAGACAUCAAAUUAUUAACUCGGGUCUGCCAUCCAAACCUACCCCAGCUCUUUGGGUACUCAGAUUUCAGAACACCUACUCGGUUCAUUCUCAUGUCGGGAGUGUCUCCGAGCUCAGACCUACGGUCUCGGUACUCUAAAGAGUUGGACGGUUUUUAUACAGACAUGUUUUCAGUCAUGCAAGUGUACUCGGAUGCGAGCUCUGCCGCACGUCACGUUCAACGCCAGCUGAGGUUCUCGGAUGAGACGAUGGAAUGGUUCAUCCGGAACGCUACUUACACCGUUGAUGAAAACAACAAAUUCUUGCUGGGCCUGCCAAACGAUUUGGCCCCCAACGACCUCCCUGGGGAACACUUCUGCGAGUCGUAUAUGCGAAAUUUAUUAUUCUUCGCGGCAUAUUCGAAUCCCUUCUAUCAGCUUCCAGAGAAACAUGAGCAUAUAGCGACUUCUUACCCGACUCUUAUCAAUCAACGAACCCUUACUAUCGAUCCUCGUGUUAGCUUCCUGUUUGAUCAACAUCUCACCGGAUCGCUUCAAGAUUUUCAGGAUUUAGCACAGCUCUAUACGAGCAACAAUACUUGGGAACAGAUCAUCGCUGACCACUAUGGUAGUGUGACGGACCUCAAGGCUGGGGAUGUACUCAUAUGGAGCGGACGGGGUCUUGGGGCCUGGAGAUCACUGCGAAGUGUAUUUGAAGUCGCGGACAAAGAGGUAGCUCAGGCACUUGCGACCAGUACAGAGUCUGUUGUAUACCAGUGGACGAAGAAAGAAGGGUGGUUUACCGGUCAACCUGUGCUUCUGCCUGACGGUCAUCAAGCUUGGCUCUUGGAUCUUCGACUCGGGAACCAUGUUCACGUGUCACAGUGGAACAGAGUCGUCUCUAUUCAAAAGGCGAGGCAGUAUCUGGUCGAUAAUGCUCGCUUUUUUGCAGAACAAGCUAGCGUCAAUCCGGAGGAGUUAAUCAUGGUGACCAGAACCUUGAUCAACAAAUCGUACAUGGUUAACCCAGUCAGUGAGGAUGUGACAUCGAAGACUGGGAGUCCAUACCUCGUCAUUCCCCCAGGAGACACGCAGACGCCUUACAUCGCCGAUUCUCUAUCGGACAUCGCUGGAGAUCAAUCAAUAGCGAUACCUCCGGUCUCUCAGCAGUGGAAGGCGAAGUUGGACGAAUACUUCUGUGAACCUCCGUACUAUAUUCAAGUCACUCGUGAAGAUAUAGCCGACUAGGAUGGUGCUAUCAUGCUUACAUAUAUUUGUUGACUACUCGCCCUUUUGCCUGCCUGUGCAAAUGUACUAUCGUUAUCCGAGUCGACUCUUAACAUGCC